AGUGACAAAGUGAAAAGUGCUCUUGAAGUGGUUAAAUGAUCUGCUAAGCUCGUGGUUGAGAUCGUUUCAGUGACGGUGCUUUAGUGUAAAGGAGGUGAAUGGAUAUUUCUUCCAAAACUCUCAAAAUUCCUGUGAAUAAAUAUUAGUUCUGGAUAAUCAGGAGACUUUCAGAUACAAAUGUGUGAAGAAUGUCCUUUAUUGAUAAAAAGAUGACUUCAAUGAUGUGGAAAAUCUUGGUGAUCACGACACUGCUCAUGGACAUGACCACACACAAGGUUCUGGCCCUUCACAUGUCCUAUGCUCCAGAAUAUGAACAUCCAGGAUACGCAUUCAGUUACGGAGUUAAGGAUGUCCACACAGGAGAUGUCAAGUCCCAAUGGGAGCAUCGGGAUGGAGGAGUCAUCAAGGGUCAUUACAGCGUCGUAGAGCCUGAUGGAUCCAUCCGGAUUGUGGACUAUACCGCAGAUGCAGCCAAUGGAUUCAAUGCAGUUGUGAAGACUCAAGGCCCAAAUGUUCAUCCUCAUGAUGAUCCUUCGGGGAAUUCUCGAUCGGAAACUUACGAUCAUCCAAUAUCCACCUACCUUGAAGACGACGAAUCGUCCCAGUCGAAAAUCAAUCACUACAGCAAAGAUCAGGAACACAUUGUUCUGAGUUCAGAUUUGAGAGGAAGUGAUUAUGGGAAGAAUCCUGUAGAUUUAGCCAAGACUAUCAAGACAAUACCUCAGCUGAUCGAGCUUCGACCUGAUGGACCUGGUCAUAAGACUUAUACCUACGAAGCCAGUGGAGACUACCGGCCUAUCUAUAUUGAUCAUGGUGAUUAUGAACGCAAAAAUCCGCCUGAUCUCUCGAAAUAUCGUCAGUACAUUGAGGAUUGGAAACCAACGUAUCAUGAGCCUGAGGAGAAAUACCCAUUCCCACCGGGUGGCGAACGGCCACGCCUCAAUCAGAUCUACUCUCCUGCCUACAACAAACCCCAAGCUCUUAUCAGCAAACCCAUUGUCUACAGGACGAAAAAACCAGUGAGACCAUCAUACUCAACAUCAGGAUACAAACACUACUCAUCCAAGUACAAAGCUCCGAGGAUUGAGUAUUCUAGCUACUUCAGGACCGUGGACAAGCCUUCCAGGAAGGAAGGACCCGUACUGUUUCCCAAGGAUGACUCCAACGAACAGCGAGUAGCAUCCUCGAGGAUGAUUCAGACCAUGCUUUCGAGGGAUAACGUAAGAAUCGUGCCGAUCUACGCGAGAUACAACUCUGAUUACUAUUCAGCGUAAAUUGGUGAAAGAUCGCACAGGCGAUUAGGGUUAGUGCAAUAUUUUAAUUUAAAACACAACUUAGCUUUAGAAGUUAUUAUUGUAGAAAUUUGUUGUUCCUUUUUUCAAUUUGAUAAAAUUGUUAUUUCUAAAUAAAGGUAAAA